UACUACCUGACAAAAUUCUGUAAAGCUAAUUUUUGUAUGGAUUGUUGUAUCUAGUUUACAGUUAAAAGUUAUAAAUAUUGAAUGGUGCUGUUUGUUUCCUGUAGUGCUGUGGUAACUGUUGUUUUUGUUUCCUGUUCAUUAUGUAUUUUAAUUGUGUGCACGCAUAAAUGUUCAUGUUUGAACACGUUAAUCCUCAGCAAGCUUACAAUCGUGUUAAGAUCAAUAAUAGUGGCCUACUUUAUUUAUUAAAGCCCCAAAUUCAAAACUGGGUCUUUUUGGAAUCGCAGUUAAGUUGGGAGAUGACAAUCUCUCAUUUCUAAAAAAUGUCAUUUACUUCAUGAUGUUCGAUUGCUACCGAAUUGUCAGACAGUAGCUGAAGAGUUUCAGAAUCUACUAGCAGAAUGAUCAGACACAGCUUGUAUAGACAAUGGCUCUCAUCAUUUUUCAUUACUGCUGCUGUGCUUGCAUGUAGAGAACAAAGUUUCUUUUUAAGAGUAACUUUACCUAGUAAAGAAUCUACUAAAAUGUUUGCUAAGAAAGCUCCCCAAAUUUAAUUUCAGAGUUGUUCCUUGUCAUUAUGAUAAGAUCUCCAACUUGGUAAGCCAAGAAUAUUAAGAGAUGUACUUUAAACCAGAGUUAAAAUAUAUUCAUAAUUUCUCUACAUUUACCAUUAACAUGGUUGACAUAUGUGAGCAAAAUUGCUAAUACCGUGUUAAAUGUUCUCCAGAUAUAAAGACAAGUGUCCCAGAAACGCUUAAUUUGUUUUCAGUAUAUAGACCAACAAAUUGUAUUUCCAACAUUGGAUGGAAUGGAUCUUUUCCUGUGUUGGAUCUUUUGCUGAAAUGUGUUUUUGUUUAUAGGGACUUCUGGUGAAGUAGUAGUUUGUUGGUCUAUGGACAAAGGUCUUGUAUUUUACAUCUGUCUGUGAAACUGGCAUUGAAUGUUAAUAAGAACAUGUUAAUGGUUAAAAGAUGUUUCUGUACAUAUACAUUCAUGAUUUAAUUUUGUUGUAGAGACAUGUGGCCUGAAACAUUGGAAGAUGGAAAAGGAGGAGAAACCGUUGUUGAAAAUAUUGGUCUUGCAACAGUAUACAACAAUGAUCAAAGUACUUUGUAUCAAUCAAAUUCAGGACUUCACUCGUCCACCUCUUAUUUGGCUAAUGGUAUCGGAAGUGACAAAGAACUUCCUGAAGAAUCUCCAGUAGAUAUUGCUAAUGGUACCCUGACUAUAGAUUUCAAUGCCAAGGAUUCUGAAAUUGAUCAUUUUUCUCCAACAGUUCAUUUGAUUGACAACAACGAACCAACUGGAAAAAAUAUCUCUGUCAAAUUGAGUGGAAGAGAUUCAAAGAGCACUUCACAAAGUGAUUCGUACAAUCCAUCUGAAACAAGAUGGGAUGUUGUUAACCAUUCCCAACCCAUAUCCUACGGUGGCAUGACGGGACCACACCCUCAACCCAUGGACUAUAACGUUGGAGUCCAGCAAUUUCAUUAUGGUGCUCCGAUGGGCCCACAUCCCCAACCUGUAGACUAUAUGUACCCUCAACCUCAACCGGGUAACUUUGUGCCUUUCUACCCACAGGGAAUGUUAGGUCCCGCGGUUCAGGAGAUGUCUUUUGGUCCUCCGCCUUUGUAUAUACCACCACCUCUCCCAAUGCAUGGAGAUCUUCAAGAGAUGCCAUUACAAUUUGGUCCACAGCCUUCUUCAAUGGUACAAUCGCAAAUGCAAACGACAAACUUGUCUAUUCAGGAAAACUUACCGGUACCCCCAGGUCUCACUCCAGUUGAUGUCUAUCAAUCACCUGAGAUUAGUAAUAAAGAAUCAGCUACAUCUCAAAGAGAUUCAAGGGAUGAGUUGACCCACCAGAAAAGAUCUGAUAGUCAAGAUUUGGCAAAGGACGACUCACGAAAGAAGAUAUCCGAUGAAAAAACAGCUCACAAAACAUCUCCAGGGAAAAGUCAUCGAAGAGAAUCAUUAAAAGGAGGGAAUAGGAAGGAAUCACCUGUAGGGAAUAGGACAGGCAGAGGUCGUCAAAGAUCACCAGUAAGGAGAGAUGUUAGAAGAUUUUCGCCUGAAAGAGAUCGCCGGAGAGUAUCACCCAGAAGAAGAAGCUUCUCUCCGGAAAGACGUAGAUCACCAGACAGAAUGAGAGAAAGGAGAUCUUUUAGAUCUAGAGAGUCUCCAGUUAGAGAAAGAUGUUCUGAAUUUUCAAGAGACAGACAAGAUGAUUAUCAUAGGCAGAGAAGAAGGUCCAUUUCAAGAUCCCCAAGGAGAUCACCAUUACCUUACCGUGAUGAAAUGCACGUACAACGCAGCAUAAGUCCAACCCCGUACUUCCGAGAUCUGUGGCAGAAUAUCGGUGGACUUGGCAUGAACAUCGUCAUGUUCAGGUAUGUUCGGCGGAAUAGUAAGGUGGAGACUGACCCCAUUGCCUUGUUGAAUGCCACCCGUGCCCUCGACUUUGCUAUCGACUUUGACUUCAUCGUUGAGCAGAUAUCAAUAGACGAGUGGGGUGUGUCGGUCUAUCUGAUGACGGACACUGGCAGGCCACAGAUCCUGGUGGGAGAAGGACGGGGAGUGACAGCACAAGAGGCCAGGAUGAGAGCAGCCCACCACGCUGUAGACACAGUACAGAAGGCCUGCUAUGUCAUUGAGCCAAAUUAUCGAUACUUUGCUGAAGGAGAUGUGCCCGAGUUCAUAUCAAGGAAAUAUCCUUUGAAAACUCAUAUAUACGAGAUAAUCCAGAACUUGGACCACAGUAAGUCAUUGAACAGGUCUACGGUCCAUUUGAUUAUGCGCAUGUUUCGUUCGUCAGACUUGGAGGACAUUUUCUUCCUUGCCACCGACUUCUCCUAUAGAGAGAGAGCUCUUGUUAUCGAGGUUGCUGACGAGCUAGAGCUGUGGUGGCGACUGUUUGGAUCAAGAGAACUGGAAGUGCCAGAAGAUGAUAUUUCCAUGCAGCACAUAUGUGUGUACAAGGAACGUGAUGCUCUGUCCCUAGUCCAUCAACUACAAGAGAAUGGCGGCUCCAAUCUCAAGUACACGCUGCUAGAUCCACGGGAGUCGCGCAUUACGGACAGACACGCAGCUCGUGGUUCGUUUACGGAAGAAUUUUAAUUUUCACAGUGGCUUGUUUCACAAUACAGUUGGAAUGUUUUUAGUUACUUUCAUAGGUUAUAAUGAAAGUCCAAAUUGAAUAAUAAUUAAACAUUUUAUCGAUUUAUGUCUCCGUACAGACUUUGGAUGGAUUUGGCAGUGUUAAUCAAGAAGACCAAUUUUUUUUAUAUUAAACUGGGAUUUUUAAAAUUAUUUUAUGAUUUUGCUAUUUAAGACAAGAAACAUUUGCACAAAACUAAUCCAUUUCACAAAUUUAUUUAAAACAAUUUAAAUUAUAAAUUACGCGAGUGAUAAAACAACACUAACAUAAUAAGAAAAAAGUUAAAAUAAUACUGCUUAAAAUGAGAAGUAUUUCCUUCCAGCAGUUGUACAAUUAUGUGCCCAGGGAUUACAAAACGGCAUAAAUUGAAUUUGUGCUUCACACACCAUUCUAUGGAUAUAAUUAAAAAUGUUUCAUUCAAAACUGAAAACAAGCUUUCAUUAAUUGCAGCCAGAGUGCACAGUGGGACCUUUCAAACGUAUUGUUUCCUGUAGAAUAUUCCAUUUUGUAAAUAAAGCUAUUGUGAUAA